UUUACGAUUGGUUAAAACUUCUGGAAAGGCUAGGUUAACGGUACACGUUUUAUUUAAGUCACUAAGCAUAUGUUACAGCAGCUUUAGUUAAAACGUGUUCAAAUCGCGCUGUUAUUUCUUUUUCCGAGCAUGGCUACAGCACACGACAGAGCCGUUCUUCAAACUAUAUUCAGCCCGACAACCCCAUUCGGAGAUGUGCCUGGCUUGAACCAAAUAGAGGACCUGAACGAUGACGACCGUGUGUUCGACUCACACCUCCUGAAGCAGGUGAAGGACUUGGAGGUUCUGGGUGUAGCAGCCGCAGAAUCGGGCGACUUGCCCGCGGCACUAGAGCGCUUCAGCGAGGCAAUCAAGGUGCUGCCACAGAGAGCCUCUGCCUAUAACAAUCGAGCCCAGACGCGUCGGCUUCUGGGGGACACUGAAGGAGCACUGGAGGAUCUUGAGCAAGCCAUUUCUCUGAGUGGGGGUGCAGGUUUUACUGCCUGUCAAGCCUUGGUACAGAGGGGCCUGCUGCUCCGUCUGGCAUGUCGGGACGAGGAUGCACGAGUGGACUUCGAACGUGCGGCGGCGCUAGGCAGCGAGUUUGCCCGCUACCAGGCAGUGCUGCUCAAUCCUUAUGCUGCACUCUGCAACCGCAUGCUAUCCAAGGUCAUCAACAAACUGCGCAACCCAGAGAUUUAUGGUUCACAUGAUCCAUAGGUGGUUUUAAAGACUAAUUACGACAAAAGAUGGUGCAUGCCAGUUUUCAAUUCAAACAAUUACUAAAUUAGGCUCUUUGACAGUUGCUUCAUUAAAUGAAUAGAAUUAGAUCUCACCUGAGCACCUGUGCGCAUCAUUUUUGCCUGGUACAAAUCAGGUGAAAUAAUGUGAGUGUGUGCAUGCAUGCCUGCGCAAGUUUUUUUUCCUCAUCUUAUUCUGAUCCCUGUACAUUUUUCAUUUGUCCGUAAGCCACCUUGUUUUUACUGGAAUUGAAAGUGCUUCAUGCCAGCCCUGGUAUGUCACUCCAGUAAAGUAACCAUCUAUUGAAAACAGUGAAUAAAAACAAUUUGGCUCAA